AUGACCACCGCAGGGAGACUGCUGCUCGCCAUUGGCACACUCGUGUUCUUUCACGCUGCAUACUCGACAUAUGAGCACCUGUCGUUGAGGAAGUCACUUGGUCUCGUUGGCGCGGAAGCCAAAUCCAUGCCUAUCGAUAUCACCCUCGAGACACUGGUGUCCUUUAUCGUCAUCCUGGUUGGCAUUGCACUCACAGCUUUGCCACUCAAAAACGUCACCUGGGCCAGCGAGAUGCGUACAAAAUCAAUUGACGAAGUGGAUUCGCGCUCCAACUUUGCACCGCUCACACAUCGAGGUCAGAUCCUCUUUGCGGCUUCCGACUGA